CUCAACCCUUCCGACCUCCUCUCCUUCAGACUCUUUGUCCCUCAGAGUUAGUCAGGGUUCUGCCGAGGAUGAAACUCUCAGGGCAGUGUCAGCCCCAGCCCCUGCCCCUGCCCCUGCCCCUGCUCCAACUCCGCCCUCCUCCCCAGCCCCUGCCCCAGCCCCAGCCCCAGCCCCAGCCCCAGUUCCGACCCCUGCCCCGAGUAGUGAGUCAAGGCCUAUGUCCCAGGAGCCCAGUGUGGCUCUCUGCAAGGACAACCAGGAAGGGCAGAUCUCAUCUAGCUGGGAAAACCUUAUUUCGAUGGUUCUUAGGAGUCACCCUUUCCCCAGGCAAGAGAGACGCCAAGGGAGAGCCCCAAGGGCAGCUCCCAGGAGCCCUAGAGAUCCCAGCACUGAUGCACCCUCUGAGAACAGAGAGUCUGGUUCUCCCCCUGAAGGGGCCGCCACCAGCCUGGAGGUCAGGAAUGGCUCCGCCGUUGGAAUGGUCACAGAAGCUGGCACAGGGGGCCUGCCUGAGGCUGGGUGUCCGCAACAGCAGAGAAGCUCGGAUACCAGGGAGGCUCCUACUCCAGACCCUCCCUCAGGCCCAAGGCCAGAUGCAGUGGAUGAGAUACAUCCAGACUCCCCACUGCCUGGAGCCGCAAUGCCUGGGGCCCCAUCACGGUCCCCUGGGCAGAGGCAACCCGGCCCUGUACCCUCCCCCACCGCGAGGGGGGUCUCACAGCCUGUCCCACGGCCCCGGAAACGCAGCAUGUGUGAAAUAGCAGAGAGCUCUGAGUGGGAGGUCAGCCAGAUGGUACCACUGAGGCAGGAGGGAGAGGCUCCAGGGGAGAGGCCCCGCCCUGCAGGCAGCGGGGCAGUCCUCACAGAAAAGCAGGAGGCCCGAAAACUCAAGGUGCUUCUGCAGAGGCCCGGGAGCCGGGGGGUGGCGGAGGGGCCUCGGAAGCCCAGCUCCCUAGCCCGGGAGCCCACUCUGGCCGCGGCUCGACGACAGCGGCUGGACCUGGGCAGCUGCCUGGAUGUACUGGCCUUUGCCCAGCAGCACGGGCAGCCUGGCCUGGUGCAGGAGACCUAUGGGCUGAUGAGCGACAAUCUGCUGCACGUGCUAGGAGACCCGGGCCUCUACCGGCAGCUGAGCGGGGCCGAGCGGGAGCGCAUCCUGAGCCUUCGGACGGGCCGGGGCCAGGCGGUGGUGGGGGUCCUUGUGCUGCCCAGCCUCUACCCGCUGAGCCGCUCGGGGCUCACAAGGGGCCCUUGUGGGGAGGAGGCCCCUACGGUGGGACCCGCACCCCCGCCUCCUCGCACGCACCUGCACGUGUUCAACCCCCAAGAAAACACAUGGCGGCCCCUGACACAGGUGCCGGAGGAGGCCCCGCUGCGGGGCUGUGGCCUCUGCACCAUGCACAACUACCUGUUCCUGGCGGGGGGCAUCCGCGGCUCCGGUGCCAAGGCUGUCUGCUCCAACGAGGUCUUCUGCUACAACCCACUGACCAACAUCUGGAGCCAGGUGCGGCCCAUGCAGCAGGCCCGUGCCCAGCUCAAGCUGGUGGCCCUGGAUGGGCUUCUUUACGCCAUCGGUGGAGAGUGCCUGUACAGCAUGGAGCGCUAUGACCCGCGCACGGAUGCCUGGACCUCGCGCGCGCCCCUCCCUGCGGGCACCUUCCCUGUGGCACACGAGGCUGUGGCCUGCCGUGGGGACAUCUAUGUCACCGGGGGCCACCUCUUCUACCGCUUGCUCAGGUACAGCCCUGCGAAGGAUGCGUGGGAUGAGUGCCCCUACAGUGCCAGCCACCGGCGUCCCAGCGACAUGGUGGCAUUGGGAGGUUUCCUGUACCGCUUCGACCUGCUGCGGGGUGUGGGCGCUGCGGUGAUGCGCUACAACACUGUAACGGGCUCCUGGAGCCGGGCUGCCUCCCUGCCCCUGCCCGACCCGGCCCCCCUGCACUGCACUGCACUGGGCAACACCAUUUACUGCCUCAACCACCAGGUCACCGCCACCUUUACGGUCUCUGAGGGGACUGCCCAGUUCCAGGCCAGGGAGUUGCAGCCCUUUCCUCUGGGGAGUAAGGGGGUCCUCUGUCCAUUCAUCUUGACUCUGCCUGCCACCGACCGGCUGCAAACAGCCCUCUGAGCUGCUGCUCUCUAGGGAGACCCUGGGCCUGGGGGUCUGAGGGCAAGUGGAGCACAGGAGGUGGCUGGCAGAACCUUCUGCUGUUGUUUCUAUGACAGCUUUGUUUUUCUGUUCUAAUAAGGCUCAUGAUCUCCCCCUUCCCUACCCCCUUCCCUGAAAGAGCCCUCUCCCCCUGGAGCUCAGGCUCCUUGCAUCUGGUUAGAAGCCGGCUUCUAACCUUCCCACCACAGCAUGCUGUUUACUGCCUUUUCCGCUUAGUUCUUGCCCUGACGCCUCAGCUGGCUCGCACAGCCCAGCCCCUCCUCCAGGGGGCUCCUCCUCCUCCUCCUCUUCCUCUUCCUCCUCCUCCUCCUUCCCCCCUUCUCUGGGCUCCCAGGAGCCAGGUUCCCUCUUGCAGCACUGCACUGCCUGGAAAAAUCUGUGUGGGGGUCCCUCUGGUGCUUUGAGAGCCAGAGACCGAUGUGUCCUUGAGGACCAGGAUUUGGCCUGCAGAGGGGCUGAGUGACUGCUGAGCCAAGGAAGGAGGUGGCUAGAGAGAUCGUCACACUUCUCCGUUCUGUCCCUAGGGCUCCAAGCUGGGCAAGAGGUCUGUAAGGGAAUGGGACAGGGGAACAAGGAACAGAGAGUCCCCAGAAAAAUGUUCUUGCCUCAGGCCUUGGGAGCUGGUUUGGGUCUUCCUGGGAAAAACUCUGUAGCCCUCCUUCGUCCGAUUGGUCCCCAGAGGCCUGGAACCCUUGCCUGUGAAACCGUUCUGCUGACUGUAGCCCCUGCCUGUAACCACUUGGGCUCAUGCCCCUCUGCAGCCUGUGGGGUCUCUCCCCCCCGCUUUGCCCCUCCAGAAGCAGCCUCACUUCCCACCACCCCCUGUUCUUACGUGAGACCCAGGUUUCACCUGAGCUCUUUCCCUUGUUAGCUGCGGACUUAGCCGAGACAUCUGAUUCCAUUCUUCUCAUCUGUGUAGUGGGGAAAAUGAACAUCUGUUACUCAGGAGAGCUGUGAGGGCAUAAGGACACAUGUGAGCGCCUAGCGCAGUGCCCAGGAUGAAUAGAUAAUGUUCCCCUUUACUCAUUUUGGAAUCCAUCACAGGAAGGUAAAUAAAUCUGA